AUGGCCACUUCUCUCUUCUUCUUCCUCUUCUCCAUCUUCUCAUCCACCGCUUUUGGCUCAUGCUUGACCCUCUUGAACGCCGCCGAGAUUCUCUCAAACUCCGGCUACCUCUCCAUGUCCUUGACCCUUAAAAUCGCCUCUGAAGCCAUUAAACAUGAAUCUCCGACCGCCACCGUCUUUGCUCCAGCCGACCAAGCUUUCGUCAAGUCAGGCCAACCUUCCCUGCUUCUGCUUCGCCGCCACGUGUCCCCCAUAAAACUCUCCUUCGAAACACUCAAGUCUCUUCCUCGUGGCUCAAGAAUACCCACCAUGGUCCCCGACCAUUCUCUGGUCGUCACUGCUUCUCUCGCCAUCGAUGGCUUCAUCUCCAUAAACAACGUCAGGAUCAAUGAGAAGGCCGUUUUCGGCGAUGGGUUCGUAGCUUUGUACGGUAUCGACGAGUUCAUUAACUCGUCUUUCGUUCAGACUGAGCCUGGCCAACCGGCCCCAGCUCCGGCUUCGCUCCAUGGCUCGACAGAGUCUUUUGCUCCUGUUGCUCAGUUUCUCAGGUCCAGAGGCUAUCAUAUAAUGGCCACGCUUCUUGACGCCCAACUAACCGGGCUCAGGGACCAGACCAAGUUGACCAUCUUCGCUCCGGUCGACCGAACGUUCGAUUACUAUGCAUCGAAUAUCAGCGAUUACGCGUUGAUUUUCCGGCGGCAUGUUGUACCGAGAUUGCUAACGUGGCAGGAUUUGAUUGGAAGCGAAUUGGUGGGGACAAAGCUUCCGACGUUUUCAAGGGGUUUUAUGAUCGACUUGAGGGUGUCCAGUGAUGGUAUCCCUAUGCUUAACGAUGCACCAGUUGUGUUCCAAGAUAUAUAUCAAAGUGAUAGGUUCAUUGUGCAUGGCCUUAAUGGGUUGCUAAAGCCUUUCACUGAUCAAGAAUGGAUUCAAGAUUCUUUCUCGGAUGGAUUUGUUGGUGAUGAGUCUCAUGGCUAA